UCCCUUCCUGAGUGCCUUAAAGAUUGUGGUAGGUUAUUGGAACUGGAUGUGAAUAACUGCAAGAGGCUAAGAGAUAUACCAGAAUUACCCUCAAAUUUGCGGAAAAUAAAGGCAGAGAAUUGCAUUUCAUUAACUACAGAGUCAUUAGGCCAUUUAUGGUCUCAGGCAAAAAGGGAGUUCUUUGGCAUGAGUAUCAUUUUGCCAGCAACAACAUUUCCUGACUGGUUCCACAAUGGGUCUGAAGGAGGGAAAAUGUCUUUCCUUGCUCGUAGGAGUUUCCCUCACGUGGUCUUUGCGUUUGAGUUGGGGAAAGCCACCACUAGAAAGAGACAAGCCUUCCAUUUUUCUCUGAGCAUCAAUGGUCGUUUAAUACAAAGGAGAUACGAUGAUAUCACAAUUCCACAAGGUCAUGUGUCUUUAUUUAAUCUCGGAGUGGCUUUUGAGGGAGAAGACUGGAGGUGGCUUCAAAGAUUCAUGGAAUUGGAUUGGAAUGAUGUGGAGAUAAAAGUCAUUGGUUUAACGCCAGAUAUACCUGUGGUUAAGUGUGGAGUUUAUGUGUGCAAACAGCAAACAAACAUGGAGAAUAUCCAAUUCAAGUCUCCUAUGCUUUUCAUGAAUGCUUCAACAACUGCACUGAAACGAAGAGCCAUAGCUUCUCCUAAUGAACCACCCAAGAAAGUCCUGAGAAAGCUCAAGACUACUGAUAAAUGAAAGAUCAAUAACAUAAAGAAAGGUUCAAGGAGAAAUAAACGACACCAAAUGUUUCAUUCCCGCUGCAAGAGAAGGAUGGUUUUUCCAAUA